AUGAAGAUUAUAACUAAAACAUUGAUAAUAUUAGUGAUUUGUGUUGCCGCUAUUCAAAGUGAUUGUGAUGUGUGUCAAAGUAGCAAUAAUGUGGCCUGUCAUAAAGAAAAUCAAUAUUCUUUAUGUAUUAAUGGCAUACCUACCGAAGAUUUCAUAACAUGUCCUGAGAAUCAUGUUUGCACACCUGAUCCUUAUGUCUGUUAUCCUUUGCCCCAGGCCAAGCCAGUUUGUGUACGGGAUACAAAUCUGUGUGGAGUGUGCAGUAAGAAUAAGGUUUAUGCCUGUAUAAAUGAAACUACAAUUGCUUUUUGCUAUGGCGAAGAUAAGCCCUACGAGGGAGCUGAUGUUUCGUAUUGUUUGGAUGAUACUGUUUGUGAUAUUUACAGUGAACAUGGUUUUUGUACUGAAAGUCAUCUGUCCAAGCCAAGUUGUAUUACAAAUUCUGUUGGGGACAUUGAUGAAACAACUACAGAACCUACAACCACAACAACAGAGUCCUCAGAUGGGGACAUUGAUGAUACAACUACAGAACCUACAACCACAACAACCGAGUCCUCAGAGGCAACGACAGAACCUACAACUACAGAUACAUCAAUAGAAGAACCAACAACACCUACAGCUCCAUCCGAACCUCGAGAUCCUGAUACUAUUUGCAAAGAUGCUGCUUCCACUGGCUCCUAUUACGCUGAUGACCCAACAUGCACUACAUUCGUUGUUUGUUUUCUUUCCGGGGACUCGUUAACUGGCAUAAAAAAAUCGUGCAAAGCCGGACAAUAUUUUCCUCCUGGUGCAAAAUAUUGCUCAGCUACUAAACCAGAUUGUGUAGUUUUGCUUGCAACCUAUCAAAUUCAAGCAGAUUGUGAUGAAGACUUCAAUAAGCUUUGUGGGAUGCGUAUGCAAGGCACUAUUCCAUACGAGUGUGAUAAUUCCUGUUCCAAAUUUAUCGAUAAGAAUGAGACUCAGUAUCAUUAA